CGGGCCAUCUGAUUUUUAGCUGAAUUAGAAAUUAGACACAAUAACUUGCAGCGGAGAUCAGGUUUCUGCAGCGGCUCGGAGCUCGAAGGCUGAUUCCUCCACAUAUUUUUUUUUUAUAUAUAUAUUUAUAUUUUUUUAGUUACUUCAGCACCGUGCUGGACGGAUCUGCCAUCCAGGAUAUAUGUUCGGUAAAGGUGCGAAGCGGAAGCUGGACGAGGAUGAAGAGGGGCUGGAAGGCAAAGCGCUGGCGUCGGCGGUGGCGUCGGUGGGCGGCGGCCUCGGCGUGGGUCCGGACGGCCUGUCCAAGGUGUCGUACACGCUGCAGCGCCAGACCAUCUUCAACAUCUCGCUCAUGAAGCUGUACAGCCAGCGGCCGCUGGGCGAGCCCAGCCUGGAGCGCCGCGUGCUCAUCAACAACAUGCUGCGCCGCAUCCAAGACGAACUCAAGCAGGAGGGCUCCCUGCGGCCGCUGUUGCUGCCGCCCUCGCCGCCGCCCGACGACCCCAUGGACGAGGGCUUCCGCGAGGCCCCGCCCUCCUUCGGCGUCCUGUCGGCGACGGCCCAGCUGUCCCAGCCUUCGGCGCUGCUGAUGCCAGCCAUUGCCCCGCCGCCUUCGCCCCACCCCCUGGUGCCUCCUGCCUGCCAGGCGUCCCAGGCCUGCCCCGCCCCUCUGGGGGCUUGCCCCGCCCCUCUGGGGGUCGGCCCCGCCCCCCUGGAGGCCUGCCUCACGCCGGCCUCGCUGCUGGAGGAGGACAGCGGUGGCGAUUCGGCCUUCUGCGCUUCGUCCCCACCCACUCCUCCUCUGUCGCCUCCCCCGGCGCCUCCUCUGCCGCCGCCGUCGGCCCUCCUCACCCAGGCGGCCCCCAGGGUCCCCGUGCCUGCCUUGUCCAAUAACGACUUCCCUUCCGCUCUGAGUGACAUGGAGUUGGGCCCGCCCACAGCCAUAACAAGGACAGCAGCAGCGAACGCUGCUACCACGACUACCUCCCCGGCUCCCUCACCGCUCGCCCAGCACGCCCACUUAGCGCCCCUCCCCCUGAGCCCCGCGGGCGCCGCCAGAGACAGCAGGACCGCGGGCGCUAAAUCAGAGGCGGCUGGCGUCUUGCUGGCGGAAAGCCGCUGUGCCGAGGUUCGGCCGAUGGACGCCCUGCCCGCGCUGCCCCCCGGUGUCCUGGUAGACAUUACCUCCUCCCCCUCCUCGCCGCCCUCCUCCUCCUCGCCCUCGGGGUUCCUCUCGGACUUGGCGCUGGACGACGUCCUGUUCGCCGACAUCGACACGUCCAUGUAUGACUUUGACCCGUGUACAACGGCGGGGGCCGUGGGUGCGGCGGCGGCGGCGGCGGCGGCGGGCGGCAACCUCGCCAAGCUGCCGCCGGUGGUGACGGCCGACGACCUCCUCAAAUCGCUGGCGUCGCCGUACAGCGGCCCCGCCCCCCAGGUUUCAGCCAAUCAGCCUUUUAAGAUUGACCUGACAGAACUGGACCACAUCAUGGAGGUGCUGGUGGGCUCGUGACUCCUGGACGCCGACGCCUCGCGCUCGUAGAGACUUUUUUUUUUUUUUUUUCAUCCAGGGGAGAACAGACUGGAAUGAAACUUCGGGGUCGAUUUUAAAAAAAGUUUUUUGUGGUUGUUGUGUUAUGUUUUUGUUUGUUUGUUUGUUUGUUUGUUUGUUUGUUUUUAUACUCCUUUAAAAGGUCGGUAAUUGUAAGCAUCAAUGGUGAUGUCAUUCAGUACUACUACAACUACAACUACUACUACACAACACUGUGCAUGCACUGUGCUCGCCUUUCCAGAGAAUGGAAGUGAAGUAACCGGGAAACAAAGACACACACUCACACACACACACACACACACACACACUGAAUUCAUGGCUUUUAGCAGACGAGUGCCUUUCAAAAUGACCACUUAUUCAAUUCCUGUCUUUACAGUACUUUAUGUGUCUUUAUGUUGUUUUUUCUUCUUCUUCUUCUUCUUUUCACUUUAAACAGCCUAGA